UCCUACGACGUCGUUUUAUAACUGCUCUUCUUCUCACCUUCACUCUCUCUCUAACUCGGCUUCCGAAUUUUGCGUGGAAAAAGCAAUGUCCGUCGAUCCUCGGUUCCUGUACCAUGCUGAAGAGGAAUCUCUGAGAUACCGCGUCGGAGAUUCGAGUACCAAGAGCAGGGAGGAGCUCGAUCGUCGUUUCGAAAGUUGCGGAUUCCGGCAAGGUUUCUGUGGAAAAGACAAGGAUGAAAUGAGAUACUCCAAUGGAGAUGACGAAGACGACGAAUGUGUUCAAAGACGUAACUCUCUGAUUCAGCCUGUUUCAGGUGGUUGGGAACUGGUUGUGAGAGACGACGAUGAGGAGAAGAAGUCAUCUAUGGAUCGUCAUAAUAAGGUGACGAUCGCUAGUAACACGGAUGGUAACGUAUCUAGUUCCCAGUGUUGUUACACGCAGACGCAGGCAAAGCGAGGUUUUGCUUCUGUGGACAAGGAGAGAGCCACCUCUUUCGACUCUCUCAAGUCCAUCCUCUCUGAUCCUGUUACCGGAGCUUUGAUGAGCGAUGCUGCAAUACUGCCUUGUGGGCAUUCUUUCGGAGCCGGAGGGUUAAAAGAAGUUAAACGAAUGAAAGCGUGUUACACAUGUUCCCAGCCUACUUCAGAAGGAUCAGAAAAGCCAAAUCUGUCUCUCAGAAUUGUUGUUCAUGCUUUCUGCCAAGAAGAGGAAUCAGAUCAUGUUCACUCGUUCAAGCCAAGGAAAGAAAGGUCGGAUCAGCACAAGAGAACUUUCUGUGUCCCGAACAUCACAGAUACUCAUAAGAAUAAUAGUAGAGGCAUUCAGUUUCCUUUCUCCAUUGGGGAUCGAAUCAUCAUAGAGGGAAACAAAAGGACACCUCCACGGUUUGUGGGACGCAAGGCUGUGAUUAUGACGCAUUGCUUGAAUGGAUGGUAUGUUGUGAAGACAGUGGACAAUGGAGAGUCUAUCAAGUUGCAACAUUGCUCACUUGCCAAGAUUCACUCAGACAAUUCACCUUCUGAGGUAACAGUGGCUGAAAUGGCAGCGUCUUAGCUAUCUAGCUCAUAGAAACCAGCACCUGUAAUUCUUCCUAGACCUUUCAUGAUGUAGUAAAAGCAACGAGACGACAAAUCUUUGUAUUAAGCCGUGUGUGUUUUAUUCAAAAGAAACUUUGCUCUU